UGUAAAUUAAAGUCCGUGAUUUUCACUGUUAUUUCACUAAAAUAAGUACGAAAAGUGUUUCCAUUCCAAUAUUAGCAAGAAAUUAUUUCUUAAAAUGAAUACUUAUUUUAUUUUAGUCAGCCUGUUAAUUUGUGUGCAUGCUUUAUCUGUAUAUUCGUCAGAAGGUGGAAAUGUUCAAGGACGAUACUUUUUUCGGGCCGGAAGCGUCGCCAUUUUAGGAGACGAGUUCCGCAGUAAAUCUGGAACUGUUUCACGAUUUGACUGUCUGAGGAGAUGUCUGGACUGUCACGCUGUAAUGUUUAAUGAAAUCACGAAAGUGUGUCGUCAUUACAUACAACAAAACAGCACUCUUGUGCCGGCAGAUGGCGACCAAUCCAGUGAUCAUUUAUGGAUAAGCGAGCAUAUGAAAAUAUCCGCUGUCAAGUUCAGUGAUUCCAGAUUAAUGACGUUUGGCGAGGCCGAGGAGCUCUGUCAGUCACUUGAUGGUCGCCUAGCAACACACAGGGAGUUGUCAAAUAUCAGAGAUGAAGGCUACCAUCUUUGUUGCUGCGGUUGGUUGAGUGACACAACAUCACGAGCACCUCUAUAUUACAGUGACCCCGGAUGUGACGUCAGUCAGUCACCUGGACUACACACGUGCAAAAUUGUGGUUGAUGGCAAACGAGUGUACAAGACGCACUAUGAUGCUGCUUACUGUAUAUUUACAGCUUAAUAUUUAUGCAUAUCUAUAUUUACAUAUGUAAAACGGGAAAACGUUUAAAAGUUUGAAGGAAAAACAAGCAUGUAUGGUCAUGUAA